ACGCCUCUGUCCUCCACAGCCAAUCUACGGUCUCAAGUUACAACCAACAGCUCGUAUCGGCCAUCCAUCCACCAUCACAUCUAGUAUCCUUAACAUCCCUCGAAGAACGAAGUUGAAAUCAUGGUCAGAAACGCAGGCAAAUACGGCAAAGCGAAACGAGGCGGUGGAAGGAGCUUCAGUCGCAACCUGAGUCUCGACGAGAACGGGACAGCGGUAUCUAUGGAUAAGCGUCGUGGCGAGCAAUCCUCCUCCGAAGACGACUCCGACGAAAUCGAAGAAGAAUCCGAAGAAGAAGAGUCCUCAGAGGAAGAAGACGCCGCGGGCGGCUCAGCAGCCGCCCAGCCCGAACUCACACGCGCGGAACGCAAGGCGCUCAAACAGAAACAAGGGCCCAAAACCAAGGCCAAGAAGGAAAAGAAAGACGGAGAGGAUGAGGAGGGGGAGGAGGGAGAGGGAGGGGACGACGAUGUGUUAGUGAACCCGAACCAUGUCACGAAGAAGAUGAAUAUUUCAGAUUUGAAUGAGCCGAGGCAGUUGAGUCGGAAGGAGAGGGAGGAGAAGGAGAAGAAAGAAGCGAAGGAUCGGUAUUGGAAGCUCCACGUCCAAGGAAAGACCGACGAAGCGAAGACUGAUCUUGCCCGUCUGGCCAAGAUCCGUCAAGAACGCGAGGCCGCGCAGGCGAAGCGUAAGGCUGAGGCUGAAGGUCAGUACUCAGUCAUCACUACAUACCCUUCACCGUACCCUACACUCUUGGCUGACUGUUCGUAUUCGAUGUCUAGAGAAAGCAAAGGAAGCAGAAACCAAGAAGACGCAGCAGACAAGGCGCUGAACGUCGGCGUCAUCCCAUCCCACCCUUGGGUUUGA